CAGCCCUCAGGGGGGUGGGUGUUAGUUCAUGAGUGACAUAUGUUCACGUCUGAUGAUGUUUCUCAACAUCGAUGACGAGGCUUCUCUUACAAUAAAUGUGAAACAUUUGGUAUUGUAAUUGAUGACAACUGUAUGCAAGUAAGCCUGCUUUCAAUUCGGGUUAGCGCAACCAUUACUAGAUAGAUCGCCGAGUGCGAGUUUCCAUGGCUGAGUUCCCAUGGUUUCCAUGCAAUCCUUUCUCGCGUAUCAAACAUGUCUGUUUAAACAAAAUUCUUUGCAGAUGACGGUUAAGUAAAUUUUGGAUACCAGGAUCUUGGCUAUGCAGACUUCACAAACGAAAUCUUUCGUGCACAUGGUAGUUUUCAUCGCAAUCUCAGUUUUUUAUGAAACAAGAUCAGAAAAACCAGUGAUUAUAAAGAGGCCAACAAGUCAAAAUGUUUACAUUAACCAAUCGGCGAUAUUUGUUUGUCAUGUGCAGAGCAAUACUGAGUUUGUGAUUGGCUGGAUCAAGAAUGACAAACAGCUCCUGCGGAAUGUAACGAGUUCUUCACAAGUUCUUAAUGACAGCUUGACAAUUGCCCAUGCUAGAAGACGCGAUGCCGGGACAUACACGUGCAGAGCUUCGAACGCCGCUGGGGUAUCUUCAGCUCAAGCUACUUUAACAGUUUUAGAUCCUCCAGUGGCACCAACUAUUACGGAAAUUUCGCCGAAGCAACAGGCAAUCGUUGAAGGCAAUCGUGUUACCUUUACGUGCAAAGCAUCGGGAUAUCCACCCCCGCGAAUCACGUGGGAAAUAUUUCUUGAAUCAGGCGAUGAUAAUAGGGCUCGUUUGGAGAAACCAUCACCUAAUUCCAUUCGUAUUUCUUCCGUAAGUCCAAUAGACACUGGAAGAUACGUCUGUAUAGCAAAGAAUGAUUUAGGAAAUGAUACCCAAGCGGUUUAUCUCAGGGUCUUAGGGUACCCAGUUUUUACCGUGAGUCCGCCAUCCAAUAUCACCGUGAAGGAAAAUGAAACCAUCAAACUGAACUGCAAGGUGAUUGGCUCGCCACCGGCUGACGUCAACUGGUACUAUGGCAACGUGCCUGUAGACCGAAUUUCAAAUAUCGUAGUUCAGGAAAAUAAUACUUUACAAAUAUCCAAUGUCCAAUUCGAUAACAGGGGAACCUACUCGUGUGUCGCCAACAAUUCUGCCGGAUUAAAACGCUUCAAGACUACGCUGCUGAAAGUAUUGAGAGCACCAAAGCUUGACUGUUGUCCGACAAAAUUAACCGCAUUCUCGCGUAAAGAAACAGCAAUAGAAGGGCUUGAAAUCUCGUUAGACUGUUCAUCUGCUGGUUAUCCUGAACCAACAUAUCGAUGGAUGUUUGAAAAUAACACAAUCUCGUCCGACGCCGUUUUAACAUUGCGUGACGUUUCCACGAAGAAUGAAGGCGUUUACUCUUGCAAAGCUCGAAACAAUUUAGGCGAAGUGAUGCUGAUUAUCAACUUGACAGUCCUAGUUCCUCCAAAGAUUUCAAUUUACCCUCGGAAAGUUAUCAUUGUCCCAGGAGAGCACGUGACGCUCUCGUGUUCCGCCACAGGAGUACCUUUACCAGCAAUCAUGUGGUAUUCACCGGGGGGGACCACUUGGCGCAACGGUACGCUGGUGAUCACCAAUACGUCAAAAAAUGAUGAAGGAGAUUAUAUCUGCCAGGCUAAGAAUAAAGCUGGGAAGAAAACUGCCACAGCGAGCGUCGUUGUUGCAGUUUUACCCACACUCCUGACGUUACCUCGCAACAUUACUGCGAAUGAAAGCACAACGGUGGUGACACAUUGCGUGGCCAAUGGACCCGAUCGGCCAAUAAUAAGCUGGUUUCGUCUCAUGAUGAAUGGUCGCCUAAUAAAACUGAAUAGCACUGGUAACGAAUUGAUAAUCGUGGGCAUUGAUAGGGACGACAGUGGAUUUUACGUCUGUGAAGCUCGAAACCACGCAGGGUUUAUCAACGUUACAUUUUUCAUCAAUGUGCAAUAUUCUCCAGACGCAGCCAUAUCCAUAAAGGAAGUGAACAUUGUUGCAGGUGGUAAUGCCGUCCUUCUUUGUCCUAUAAAUGCCAACCCUGAAGCGGAAAUUCGUUGGAUAACUCCAGUUCACGUUAACGUUACUCUCCAAGGACAUCGACUUACAAUUUCCAAAGUAGAUAUUUCACACGCGGGACGGUACAGGUGCAGAGGAAAAAAUGCUCUGGGAGUUGCAGAUGUUUUUCUACAAGUCCAAGUAAUGACUCAGCCUCGCAUUAUUGGUAUAACAGUAACUGAACUGUCGAAUGAUAUUCAAUCAGUUACUUGUGUUACAACGGGGACACCUAAACCAGUUUUUGAUUGGAUUGACCUCAAUGAGGCCUCUCCACCAGGUCCUUCAUUUAAGCACAACGGAUCUCUACUUAUCGAGAAAAAUCUUAUCAAAACAAUGAGAUUUAUCUGUAACGCGAGCAAUGUUUACGGCUGGACGACUGCACUUGUUGCAGUUCCAAGCUCCCCUUAUAACUUCACCGUAACCAAAAUAUCAGCCAGGUCGAUAAUAUUCACGUGGUUAACCAGCCCUACCGAAAUCGUCGCAAGUUUCAUCGUAGAAAGACGGGCAAUAUCAAGCUUAAAGUGGGUCACGAUCAGUUCCUCAGUUGUUUCGCCACCGUUCGAGGAUAAUGAUAUUCCACCAUUCACCACGUUUACCUAUCGUGUCAGCGCUAAGAAUGCGCUGGGAACGAGUUUGCCUGGUGAUAGUUUCAAUGCCAGCACUACAGAAGAAGCGCCUUCCUUUCCAUCCAAACUAACAGCAAAAUCGUUAUCACUCACCAGUAUAACAAUAUACUGGCAACCCCCAAGGGAACCCAAUGGUCCGAUCAACGACAUUGUCUACGAAAUUGUUUAUGAAGAGAAAAGCGCCUCAACCCAAGUUGUGAAAAGGAUAUUGGUAAAUGAUACUAGAGAAUUGCGAAUACCAAAUUUGAAGUCAAAUACUCUAUACCUGAUAAAAAUACGUGCUGGACGACAAACUGAUAAUGGUACUAUGCACUGGAGUGAUUAUAGAUGGAUACAUUUAAAAACUCUUCAAAAAGCCCCCACGACAUACCCAAAAGAAAUUGAAGGCGUUAGCAACGGACCGAGGAGAAUUCAUGUGACUUGGAAGAGACCUCUCACUUACGUCGAAGGUUACAAAUUACAAUACAAGGAAUAUGAAAUGACAAACGCGACCACGGUCGUGAUCGAUUCAUGGAAUACAAGCAGUUACAUGAUAACUGGACUGAUUGCCAGUCGAUUCUAUGAAAUACAGAUGAACAUGUUCACUAAUGGCGGCGAUGGACCAUGGUCAGUUCCCACAGUCGUUCACACAGAUACAGACCGACUAGCCUACCCUGGGCCAAUAUCAAGUACUUCAGACAGCUUACCGUGGAAGAUUGCUGUUGGCGGUGUUGUUUUGGCCGUAGUCUUACUCCUGCUACUUUUUUCGUAUAUCUAUUUGACCAGGAAGUCCAAACAUACUGAAAGUUCAGGUCACAAGAGAAGGAAAAAGAAAAAGUCCCGUAACCAAGGCGGAUACGAUUUUACUGAUAGUAUGAGCGGCGUGUCUAACGAAUCAAUAGGAAGCACUGAAGGAGUGUACAAUGUUAACGCAGCGAAUGAUCACAUCGAUCUAGCGAUGUUUGAAAAUAGCUAUCAUACGGCUGUGGUACCUGAAAAUAUGUACGUUGAAAACCCAAUACUUCCCACCCCUCGAGACGACAGUGACGACAGCGAUGAUGCCGUGAGGUUGGCCACCUUUAUUGCCCGACCCAGUCCACUUCCGACGCGUCAUCUGACGGAUCAUUGUCAUCCAACCUCGAGCCACGUUAAUCCAGCGUACGAAGAGGAUGAAUAUGUUGACAUAUACUCAACCGAAGCCUCUCUGGCAGUAACUGGAAAUGAGUUGUCUGACGAGGAGACUGGCAUUUGUGCAGAUGCAACAGUUGAUUUAGCCAAAAUGAAACGAGACAGAGAGAAUCAAGAUGAUAAUCCGCUCGAACAAGUGACGGAUGAUAUUUUAAUAUAAUGCAGCAAUCAUUCAAAUGUAAAUAGUUAAACACAACUAAUUAUUCAGUUAGCUCACUUAGCUGAGUUAGUUGAGUUAGUUGAGUACUCCUCGUGAGUCGCGACGACGAAUUUUUCGUAAAAUAGGAAGAUUCUAUUAGUUUUAUAGAGAACGAAUAAAUAACCUCAUACAAGAUUGUAGUGUCAAUUCUAUCAGCAAACGGUAUAAUUAUUAUUUCUAUGCAUUUUUUAGAAGGACACUCACAAUAUAUACGCAUAUUUUAGUUCAGAUCAGUACUGCAUGAGCAUUGUAUUUCUAACAAAGGAGUCACGCCCAAGUGCGCUAAUAUGCGAACGAAAUUUGAAACUCAUAUUUGCAAUGCUCGGCCCAAGACCAUGUGGUUGUGGUUCUAUAAAAUAACAUUUAAAGAAGCUCCGUUUGAUGAUCAAACUAAUUUAAGGUGGCUUUUCUAUGGACAUAAGGUAGACGUAAGUAAAAUAUAUUAGUUGCAUGCGUCGUGGUUGAAAUAAUACGUUAUUCAAUUGACUGUUUUAUAUCGUCAUUCGUCUAGAUUCGCUGACUUCGUUAUUUUCUUCCUACUCGUAUUCUCGUAAUGAUUAU